AUGGCUCUUCUAAACCCGACCUUUCUACUCGGCGUCGUCGUCCUCCUUUACCUAUCGUCCUUUGUUCUUUUCGCCGUCGUCCGAAUUCUUACCGGCAUUUCCAUCCAGCGAAUAGGAUACCUCUCCCUCCGGAGACUCGCCUACACCCCUAAGGAUGGCUGUACGGUGGAGAUUCGCAGUCUGGGCCUCCACAUCCAUCGCCCAACCUUUGCGCAGCCUACGUGGCUAAGUAUCGUUCUGAACGAACUUGUUGUCACUCUAAACGUGCAGGAGCUGGAGGGGAGUAAGCCUUCCGAGAGUGGCGAGGAGACCGAUGUGACAGGUAGCGAGUCCGAGUCCGCCAAGCGCGAUGUCCCCAAGAAGCGCCCUUCGAUGCGACAAGAUGCCGAUGCAUCUUCACGACGCGAUCCCUGGAAGCGGCUCUCGAAAAUCAAAGACAAGAUCAAGAAAGUCCAUCGAAUGGUGAAAUGGCUGCGAAUGAUUGAUGUUGUUGCGACCAACUCUACCAUUCAUGUUGUCGACGUGGGCAAUAUUCAGGUCGGCAGCAUUACCCUGGCAGUCGACACGCGAAACAAAAAGGUCGAUCGCGCUAGAUUUUUUCAUCAAAAGUCGACCUACUAUAAACAUGGACACCAAGCCGAGUGGAUUGUGACAGUCCGCAGUGUCCUCUUCACGGCGGAUGGGAACGAGUCUCUGGAAAUCCUGGACAAUGCACUGCUUAAUGUGCACGGCUUUCUCCAUCACUCCAGAGAAGGCCUACGCGACGCCACUGUGGCACUCAAGCUUGGCCGCGUCCACGUUCCGUAUGAUGAUUUGGAGCUCUGUAUUGCACAUUAUAAACGAGCCCGCCGGCGGGCAACCUUUUACGAACCCAAGGACUCCGGCGACAUCUCCAUUCGUGCUCCGCGGCAACGAUCAGGCAUUGAAGAGAAAGACGAGUCUGGUGAAGAGGUACCCAAGACCACGCCGGGCUCGCAUGACUUUUUCAACUCUAUUCUUCGUGGAAUCAAGGAAGUGCAGUUCGCUGUCAGCUUCAUCAGCAUCAACAAAAGAGCAGGCUCGGUGCGGCCUAACGCUCAGCCCGUUUUGCUCAGUGCUUCUAUGAAGGAAGUUGGCGUUGAUCUUCACAGGUUAGAUCCAAACUCGCCCUCACACAGAAUGUACUUUCCUUCCAAGGAUGUCGCCCACGAGGGACUUGCUGCUGCACUUUCACUCUCGGUUGGCCUCGACGACGGCAACGGAAAACCAGAACGCCUCCUUUACAUUCCCAUGGCUACGACAACAAUUCGCACGACUCUCCCCUCCAAAACCGUACAGUUAUCCGACGACAGCCAUGGUAGUGUUGAGGAGAAGAAUGCCAAUAUUUUAUUCGCCAACUCUGUUGUCACUUCGCCUUCAGUCGACCUCGAUCCAGCACAUCUUCCACUUUUGAUUGCUCUGCUACAACCAAAGCCUAAACCCCCAAGAACGAGUCGAGAAUCCCGCAGCAAUCUUAUGUCGCGAUUUUUGCCCAAAGCCAACAUGAAAUUUUCAAUGCAUGAGCCCGUUAUCCGCAUCAAACUCAAGACGCUUGAGAAAACAGAUGACCCCGAUGACUUUGAUCUCAUAAUCUCGUCCAUCUCAUCUAUCUCUCUUGACGUUGAGUCAUCUCACUCUCCCCUCGAAGACAUGCAUUAUUCCCUAGAUGGCGCCAUGCGAAUUCAAUCACAUCAGCUAUACUACCACACCAAUUGCGGAGAAAGAUUCAACCUCAUUACCACGGAAGCAACGGAGCUGAAAGUACAUCUUGCAGCCAACCCUGACGUGUCUGUGGAAAUAAAUGGCCUCAUUCAGUCACUCGCAAUUAGCAUGGUUCGACCGGAAAUCACAGAUGGUCUCCAUCAAAUCAUUCGCCAACUUCGCAUAGAGGUUGAGCCUGAGAAACGAGCUACUCCUAAGAGCACCAGGCACAAUAAUAUGCUGCGUCGAGCGCCCGACUGGCUACUGCGCUGCCACCUUGAAGCGAAAGACUUCAAUCUCGAAAUUGCCGGCAUUGACGAAGACAUUUCGGAUGACACUCGCGGUGUAUCUCUGCACCUCGAUACGAUUGCCGCAGAGUAUCGUGCCCACCGCUUGGACGGACUGCAGCGUCGUUUACCUAGGAGAAGAACUCAUAGCAGAUCCAUUACACAGUCCGACUCUGACAUCACACCGUCUUCUUCGCCACGCAUCAGGCGUAAGGGUCAAACACAUGGCGACGGGAGAAGGUUAUCGUUCAACAUCAGGGGUGUCGAGGCGCAGAUUAUGGAAAGUAUCGACCGGCUGGAAGUCGAGCCAUUCAUCAACAUUCCACGUCUUGAAGUUCUGCUUUCCGCCGCGAGCGAUAACCAUGGUCCCAUGUUCAACGUUCAAGUGUUGGUUCGGACAAUAAUGAUGCAAUAUUCGCUUUUCCGCCACUACUCAGUUGGUGUUGCUGCGUUGACUUUGAGAAAAGCAUUCAUGAGGCCCGGACGAGAAGCACCACGAGCUCAUGAGCCGUCGCACUUCAGGGCGAAUCGUCUAGCUCCACCAAGCCGUUCUGGCGCAGAUUCAUCAACUACAACCCCAGAGCUGAUCAUAUUGGAUGUCAAGGCUGCUCUGGUGCAGCUCAAAGCGGAGAUGCCUCAUGAUCCGCUCACUAUGCUGCGAAUUUACGGCCUGGAGGCGGGGAGACACAGAUGGUCGACGCCGUACAUGACAUCCAAGCUUAUCCGCCUCUAUGUUCAGCCGCCGAGGAUGCGGAACGUUUGGGCUCGUAUGAUUGGCAUUAAAGCCGGCCGUCUUGAUUUACGAGAAACACGACACAAGACUACAAGUGGACCUGUUGUUGAAGAGCGGCUCAUUGACAUCUCCACGGAGGCAAUUCGAAUUGCUGUGCCCCACGAGGUAACCGUCGCUCGAAUCAGCGACAACAUCGUAAAUGUCGUCAAAUCUGUCCAGCAACUUCAUCAUCGUUUCAAGACGGGAACCAAUGAGUACAUCCUCGAAAAGAAACCAGAAGGCCCGAAACAUGUGCCAAAAAUAGCUAUUCGCUCGCGCAACUUUUUAUUCGAAAUCGAAGACGGCGCCUUCGAAUGGAAGCUCGGAAUGAUCUAUCGUGCUGGCCGUCAAGAACAAGUGCAGCGCUUAGCUCGUGAGGGGGCUUUCAAGUUGAAGAUCAAGAAAGUUCAAGAAGAAGAAGCACGGCGAGGUGGUAGCAAGCUCCGCUCUCGAUCUACAUUCGCACGUGGGCGAGUCGACAAGAGCUCGACGUCUUGGUUCCGAAAUCACAGUGCGGACCCUUACCAGCAUGAUCGCAGGGCGCGCUCCCCGCGCCGGGGCGGCAUUCCCACGUACGACCCAGAAGGUGGCAACCGCGCUGUCAGCGGCGACGCAAAGAUCAGCGAAUCUGAUGCUCGCGCUCACCUGGACAUGUUCAAUGCCCAAUCAUGGAAGAAGCGGAUUGAUCAGGCUUGCCGAAUGUCCCAAGACAGCAUUCGCGAGCUGCGAGAAACAUUUUGGGGGCAUAACCAUCUCCCUGACGACAUCCAAGAAACUGAGAAUAUUUUGGAGGUGCCACCCCGGCCGGCGCUCAUGUCCACAAUGGUUUCAGACUUGCAAGUGAUCAUCGACAAGCCUACCUUUGCCAUGAAAGAUCUUCCGGAUUUUCUUUACAAAGUUGGCAAAGGUAUGCCACGCGACAUGAAAUAUGGCCUAUUGAUACCGAUGCACAUUGCAAUCAAUAUGAAUGAGGCGAGGGUGACUUUGCGAGACUACCCACUUCCAGUGUUGCACAUCCCAUGUCUGAAAUCUGGGCAAUCCUCGAGACAACCAUCCGUCUCGCUUAAGACGAACUUCGUCCUGGCGGAAGAAUUUCGCGGGAUCGAAUCCACAAGACGAGUUCGUGUCAAUGUUGUUCCACCCAAGAGCAAUGAUCCUACCGCGUCCAAUGACGGUGGCUUUGCGAUCGAAGUCCGGCGAACAAUGGGACCUGUGAAGUCUUUUACAGACGUCUCCAUGGAUAUCAAUACGGCCUUGCCUACUCGAAUCACCUGGAGCCCAUGCUACCAACCAGCUAUCCAGGAUAUGAUGAUGGCCAUCGAAUCGUUUACGAAGCCACCCAUUGACCCUUCAGAAAGGGUGGGUUUCUGGGACAAACUGAGGCUUAAUUUCCAUUCUCGAAUUCAUGUAGCUUGGAAGGGCGACGGCGAUGUACAUCUGGCACUGAAGGGAACUCGUGACCCAUAUCAGGUUACUGGCAAUGGCGCGGGUUUUCUCAUGUGCUGGCGAAAUGAUGUUCGCUGGAAUAUCAAUGCAGACGACAACGCGAAGCAGUUCAUGACAGUUGACAGUGGAGAGUACGUGCUGGCUGUACCCGAUUAUAGCCAUCAAGUACGCGAGUCUGCCAGAAGACGUAUCGAGGAUGGCAGCCAUCUGGCCGAAGACAACCUAAGGCAGGCAACGUCGUUCAAAAAGGUGAUCAUGAAACUCUCGGGCAAAGUUCAGUGGCUGGCUGGGUUGGUCUUUGAGAAGGAGAUUGAAAAUGGGCAUCGCAGCUUCGAUUUUAUCCCGCAUUACAACGUUGUGCUAAAGAAUCCCCAUUUUGCUCACAGCGACGGGAAUCUUCCAUAUGAUGCUUUCCGCGGUUUCAGAAGUCGCCAUAUCCAUCUGUCGAUUGCAGUGCGAGCGCCUGUUGACCGCGAAUGGAUGUCCUCGAAUCCAGAGCCGUCGCGAAGCUACAACACCAUUCAUCUAUCACCGAGGUUCUUUACGCACUUCUUCACUUGGUGGGGUCUCUUCAGCCAACCCAUGUCCCUUCCGAUCCGGCAAGGUAAUCUCUUCCCUGGUAGAGAGAAGAGCAGCAAAAAAUUUGGCAGACAUCUGGCUACAGUCAAGUAUAGCAUCUUGCUUGCGCCGCUUUUCUUGAGCCAUAUCUAUAAGCACAAGGACGCGGAGGACUACGCACAGAACGAGGCUGUAUCGGCUACCGGUCUGAAGGUUCGCUUCGACAGCUUCAUGCUCGAUCUGCAUCAGCGCCGAGAGGAAUUCAACACUCUGGCGAAGACGAAGAACUCCCCUAGCCGGACUUCAGGUAUCAAGAUCCAUGCUGGCCACCUUGAUCUCGCCGCUGCGGACAUUCGAGCUGUAUCGGCAAGCUUGAAAGGAACAACGAGUGAAGCGAUCAAGAAGGGCUCCAUCUCAUCACUGAUUACGGACCAAGAUGACAAGCCCGAUCUAUCACAUUUCACUAUCCCCGAUGAUGACUUGAGUUGGAUAGAUAUGGAUGAUUUCGUUGAGCUAGACUGGAUCUUGCCGACUGAGGCGCACCCUGAUACCAAGAUCCUUCCCCUGGCGUACGCCCCAAGAUUCACGUACUUCCGGCAGACAGAUAUCGGAGGCGUUAUCAAUGGCGAUCCGAACCGAACCAGCCCGUUUGGAAACGAACCAACUCACUUCUGUCUGCUCAGUCAAGAGGACGACAACAAAAAGGUUCAGAUGGAACUGAUUCAGGAAAGACUUGAUCAGCUGGAAAUUCAGAUGCUUUCUCACUCGCGGCAUGUGGGCGAAGCUGAACUGAAGCUUGUUCAGGCCGCGACCAAGGAUAGCAGUCUCCUGGACGACCUUGAUGCUCUGAAGCGGCACACGAACGUUCUCAAAGACAAGAAGACAUUCCUGGAAAAUAUGCUGGAACAAGUCCGAAACAAGAUCAAGGGUAGUCGCAGUCGAAUGUUCACUUCCUCUGCUACGCGCGAUUCGUCCCCGGAUAGCUCUAGUAGCGAGGAGCAAGUCAUGGACAUCCCGCCCACCUCUCAUUUUGAGAGUGAAUUUAACAAUCGGUUUGUCAUUCACAAUAUGCAGCUCAAGUGGAACAAUAUGCUGCGAAACAUUGUGCUGCGCUAUUUUCACCAAAACAGUCAGAGGCGAGGCUUUGUUUACUACCUCUCUCGACGUGCAAUCAAGUUCAUUUUGGAUAUGGUAGAUGAGCAGAACAAAACAAAGACCGCACAACCCGCAAGAUCCCAAGCAACGCCAGCUGCCAACUCCUCUCCAGAUACACCAAACAACGGAAAGCAAGCCCCCCAAGACUUGGAGGAUCGCAUCCGAAGCAUUUUGGAGGAUGGAAGGAGAUUUUCUGCUAAUUCCAACUUCCACCCGAAUGACGAUGGAUCCAUCAGCGGCACAAUCGAAGAUCUCGAGUGUGGUAUCUCCAAGGACUUUAGUCCACAAAACAGCUAUCACGUGCGGCUCAUCGCGCCACAAAUUCAACUACAGAGUGAGAAGAACAAGAAACACGUCGUCCUCAUCACUGCCAAGGGCAUGGAGCUCAAAGUCGUGGAGGUCAUGGACAAGGACCGCAUCUCUGAUACUGUCAGCGGCCUGGUCCAACGCCGAUUCCUCGUCAAUAUGGACAGCACUCAAUUCUUCGUCACUCAUCAAAAGUGGUUCCACACCCACCUCGUGUCUAUGUAUGCUGGCAGCAGAUAUGGUACCCCAGGGGGUUCAGCUUGGCCACCGUGGGUUCCCAUGGAGAUCAUGUUCGACUUCCAAGCGGAUCCAUUCGGGUUCAAGCGUGUCGUCCAGAAGACGUCCGCAAUGCUUCGAUUCGACAAAUACAACACGCUGCGCUUAAAAUACAAUGCGGAAGUCAGUACAGAGGAGAAUGGCGAAUCGGAUGAGCAGGUUACGGAGUCUAGGACAGACAAUCUCUGGGUCGAAUUUCCCCAGGUUCGAGCCCUAUGCAACUCGUCGCAAUACUAUGCCAUGUACGUCAUUGUGCUUGACUUGCUCAUGUACAGCGAACCGCUUGAGAAGACGAGAAGCGAGCGACUGGAAAAAAUUAUGCUGGCAUCGGACUUCAGCGAUCUCAGCGGCGCGCCUGCAAUGGUGAUGAAACUACAAGAGCGAAUCAAGCAGCUGGAAGAAAUUAAGAUGCACUUCCAGGUGUACUCUAAGUACCUUGACAAACGAGGCUGGGAAGAACGUCUGUUUCUGGAGCGCGAUUUGGCUUCUUGUGAGGACGAGCUGUUUUUCCUGAUGAAAGCGAUAACAACCUCGCAGCGCAAAUACGAUGUGAAUGCGGACUCUACACCAUUGGUAAAGUGGAGUAUUGCUGCUCGUGAGAUCGUGUGGCAUCUCAUCCAAAACACGAGCGAACCUCUGGUGGAGAUGCAGCUGAAAGACGUCGAAUAUGACCGGACUGACAACUCGGACGGUUCUCACGUGAACCUUAUUCGCAUCAAGAAGAUUCUCGGUCUGAAUCUGCUAAAGGACGCAACCUAUCCAGAGAUCAUCGCGCCGUAUAUUGAUGGCGACAAGGUCAAGAACAAAGACAGUGAGAACCAGGACAUGAUUCGUGUGUACUGGCACAUGCUCGACGCCAUUGCUGGUAUACCGGUAAUGGAUAGAUUUGAAGUGAACUUGUUUCCAAUGAAAGUUCAACUGGAGCGUGAAGCUGGGCAGCGCCUUUUCGAGUACAUUUUCCCCGGUAUGGACGGGGAAAAAUCCUCUGGAGGCAAACACGAAGCCCCGGCGAUCAUCAAGACGGAAGCAGAUGACGAUGACACCGAAUCGCUCGCUAGCUCAACCGGCAGGCUGGGAACGCCGGGAGGACUGACUGCCGACAAGGAAUCCAACUUUGCCACCCGCCCUGGGUCGUUGGAGCUACGACUACGUCCCACGCUGUCCUCUCUGGGCCCCGAAAAAGACCCAAGCCCUAACAAGGCCUUGAGCGUACACUCUACAGAGAGUCAGAGCGCCUUCCGUCUUUUCCGGUCCAGCGGAACCGGCAAGACAAUUGCGAAGAAGUCUUCUCAUGAUUCCCUGAGAUCAGGCCGGCCCGGUGCUUUGGGCCGGACUUCAACGGGCUUCUCGACCAAGGACAGCCGAGAGGCGGAAACCAAGAAGUCCUCGCGGUUCAACAAGAGCAAGAAGGUUGCUGACAAGCAAUCCGACGAUCUUACCAAGAUGAUGGAUCGUGCCAGCAAUUACAUGACUUUUGCCCAUAUCAAGAUGCCCUCGGUUGUCCUAUGCCUGAGCUACAAAGGCAAGGACCAGCGCAACUUUGAGGAUGUCCACGAUUUUGUGUUUAGACUUCCGACCAUAGAGUGGCACAACAAGACGUGGUCGAACCUGGACCUAGCCCUCGCGCUGAAGAAGGCGGUUGUCAAGGCCCUCAUCUCGCACACUGGUGCCAUUAUCGGCAACAAAUUCUCCAAGCACCGCCCUAACGCCGAGCAGAGAAGCAAGCUUCGCGAGAUGGCAAACAGCUCGGUUCUGAUCGCCCCUCUUAACACGAGCGGCGCAGCUUCUUCGACCUACGCGGGCAGUAUCAAUGACAGCGACGAUUCUUCCAGUCUGUACGGCGCGUCUCCCGUGGAUUAUUCUCGAUCACCACCGCAGUCGCGCGGCAGCACUCAUAGCAACAUGAUGCCAUUCCCGCGCUCGGAAAGCCGCAGUAGCAGCAUCAGCGGCAUCAGUCAAAUGACUAGUGGCUCCGGGCAAACUGGCGGCGGAACUAUCCCUGCCUUUUUGACCAUGACGCCACCAACGCCCGUGGAGGGGAAAAAGCCAGAGGGCAGUGGUUUUGGCCUCGGAAUCGAUUACCUACGUCCGUCGUCCAGUGGUGGCGUAGCAGGCUCAUCGCACCGUCGAUUGCUUAGAAACAUACCAGCGAACGACAGCAGGCCGGCCACCAGCGCAAGCAACAUCAGCAGCAGUCAUGCCGAGAGCUCGCCCCCUGCGGCCGAAGGACGUCGUAAGAGCGGCGGCGGAGGCCUCAAGGGCAAGAUUAGUCUGUUUGGACGCAGGAGCCACAGGGAGAGCUCGGGGAAGACAGAAGAUGAGGAGUCGGGGGAUGAGGAGAAGAGCUCACGAGGGAAGCGACUGAGUUGGGCUCAGGGUCGAACAAAGACCGGGUGA